UCGACACCCACACCAUACACACACGAUGCGCGUUAUGCCCGACCUCUGUCGAGACCCUCUGCAUCAUACCAGCCUUCCCAUCAGCAUGGUACGCAGCGCCAUUCGUCGAUUCGUCGCGUGUCGGCGUCCUUCGCGUCGCCUCCUACCUAUCCGCCCACCUCGCCGAGGACACAUGCGCAGCAUGGCAGCCAUUCUGACCAUGGGACUGCGAGUACUUCUGCCCAACGCACGAAUUGGGCAGGCGUUGGCGCCCGUCGGGUAUGCGACAGCUCAUUUGACUAUGCGACGUCGUCCUCCAGUGGGAAAUCGUCUGUCCAUCAGACACAACACGGCUAUACCAUAUUCGAUACUUGCGACUCUCAGCUGCGUCUCUACCUCUCCGUUCGUCGAGUUUCCCACUAGUUUCCAUCUAUUCGUUCCCCAUACUUCCUUUCGCAAACAUACACUCGCAUAAUCUCCGCGCUUGGUUUUACACAUAGUUUUACUCUAGAUGUCUGCAUCUUAUUGCGCGUACGCUUCCUGCCGCGAUGGGCACAUGUCGUUACAAAUCUCCCAUAUACGCAUA